UGAGCAAGUUCAUAAUAUUGUUAGUGAAGAGCAAAGUUUGACUAAGCGUGCAAUUGCUAAUGCCAUGGGCAUCCCAGACGAACGGGCUUUUCGAUCAGCUGGAUAGAAAAAUUCGUGAGAAAAGAUCUGGCUUGCAGCAUAAAAUAAACAAUUUUCAACAAGAGAAUGCACCUGCUCCCAAAGGUGUUAUAACAAUGACAAAAUUCAACAAAUUAAAGUACGAAUUGCUUGAGCAUCCACCAUAUUCACCAGUUUUGGCUCUCAGCGGCUACUACCUCUUCAGAAACCUGAAACAGUUCUUUCGCGGAGGUGUUUUUCGUUGAAUGAAGAAGCUAUUACAGCCAUAGACGGUUAUUUUGCAGAGCUUCCGGAAAGUCAUU